AGAUAUAUGUCUAGAUUCAUUAACAUCGAUAUGAAUGUGGAAAAUGCUAAAAUGACUAACAUUCUGAAAAGAUGGAGUAGUAAUUUAAGACAGCACAAACAGGUUACAGAUUCCUUUCACACACACUUGCAAGCCACUCUAUAUAAAAAGCCCUCCACUUUGAGGCUAGAUAAGCUUAAUUAGCUCUCUCUUAAGCCUAAAGCGAGACAAUUAAUUUAAUAAGCACCCCCCACCACCAGCCAUGGAGCACCACCACCUCCUGCUGCAACUCUCGCCGCCACCGCCGCCGCCGCCGCUGCCGGCGGCGCACCUCAUGAUGAGCCCGAGCUUCUUCGACGCCGGCGUGUUCGCCGAUGUCGGCGGCGACUGGAUGGAGGACCUCAUGCAUCUCGGCGAGCUGUUCGGCGUCGGCGUCGGCGGCGACGAUGAUGAUAAUGGCGGUGUCGACGGCGGCGUGGGCGGCGGUGAUGAUCGGAUGCAAGAGUGGCAGAAUAAUUGCGAGGGCGCCGGCUCGCCGGACCACCAGCCUAGCUGCGGUGAUGGGGAUGGCGAUGGCGAUGGCGACGUGAGCCCUCGUGAUGGGGAGCUCGGCGACGGCGACGGCGACAACUCGGCGACGAGGAAGAGGCGGGACCGGUCGAAGACGAUCGUGUCGGAGCGGAAGCGGAGGGUCCGGAUGAAGGAGAAGCUCUACGAGCUCCGAGCUCUCGUCCCCAACAUCACUAAGAUGGACAAGGCGUCGAUCAUCGCCGACGCGGUGGUGUACGUCAAGGACCUGCAGGCGCACGCCAGGAAGCUCAAGGAGGAGGUCGCCGCGCUCGAGGAGGCGCGCCCGAUCAGGCCGCCUCCGCCGUCCGCCGCCGCGCAACGGCCGCAGAGACAGCCACGCCGCGUGGCGGCGGCGGCUGCCCAGCUGGCGAGGGCCGCGGACGCCGCCGCCGUGACGACAGCGGCGGCGGCGCCGCACGGCGCGAGGGUGGCGCACGUCGGCGCGGCGCAGGUCGGGGAGGGGCGGUUCUUCGUGACGGUGGAGUGCGAGCCGGCGGCGGCCGCGGCGAGAGGAGGAGGAGGAGGCGUGGCGGCGCCGGUCUGCGCCGCCGUGGAGUCGCUGUCGUGCUUCACCGUGGAGAGCUCCACCGUCGGGUGCUCGCCGGACCGCGUCGUGGCAACUCUCACCCUCAAGGUUAGUGAAGCAGAGGAGGAUGUGUCGGCGAUCAGCGAGUGCACGGUGAAGCUCUGGGUGAUGGCGGCUCUUCUCAAGGAGGGGUUCCGGCCGCAACCGACGGUCCAGAUCUCCUGAUCCACCCAACACCGGCCGAUAUCAACCCUUGGAUUUCAUCGCCCCAUCCCUAUGUAUACAACUACUGCUCUUUCAUGUGUAACAUCCUAACAAAUGGUGUGAAGAGUAUAUUGGGAGGUUAAUUGAGUGGUUAAUCUUGGCCAUCCACGGCCGAUCGAACGGCUAGCGUACCACCUAAUGCUUCUUCUUCUUUUUAAUAAAGAGUGGUGCAUGAUGUAUACAUAUACCGUAUUUCGGAUAAUUAGAUCAGGAAUGAAUACUUGUUGUAUAUUUUUCACGGUUAAGAUUAUGAUUAGGAAGAGUGAGAUUGUUUCUGCAGCCAAAA